AUGAAGAGAUCCAAAUCAACCCCAGAAAGCGAAAAUCAAGAUUUGACGUUGAGGAGAUCAGAAAGAUUAGAAGACAGAUUCAUGAAAUUACCUGAAGAAGUGAUGACCAAAAUCUUUUCAACAAUGGAAGACGACCCCAAAACCCUCAUUCGCUGCUAUGCUGUGUCCAAGAACUGGGCUUCCUUUGUCUCCAAAACAGUCAAGCUCUCCCUCAUAUUCUACAAGAGAGGUGCAAGGAGGCGCUCUCUUGUAUGCUCAAAACUUCACUACCACAUUCCACCAACUGCACUCCGAGCUAUCAUGAAGCUGUUUACAGAUCUGGAAUCUCUCCAGAUUAAGAUCUGCCAUCCAACUUCACAAGCACCUGCUUCUCAACAAAUCAUGAAGAUAAAGGUCGGGUGGUCGGGUGAUUAUUGUCAGACUGAUGCAUGCAUGGCCUUUGAGGUUGGAUUGUUAUCAACUAUGAAAGGAGUUAAGCUGUGUCGUGAUUAUGAGAAACAAAAACUUGCUACCAUCAGCAGGUCUUCGAUAAUGUACUUUUACUGGAACCUGUUAGAUCUCCGGCCAGAUACAUUGAGAAGCAUGGUGCUUAUGACUUCUAAGGUGGAAGAGUCAAGAUCAGGAGGGAAGGUUUUCCUAAGAUGCGAAGAAGAGCGUUCAAAGAUGUUCAAUUCGUUAUCGAAUUUACGAGCGAACGAGAGCAUCCUCGAGGAUCCCCAGAAUGUGGUUUAUUGGCACAAGAACGGCACGGACAAGGAGAAUUUGCUUCGGGAGCAGGUGUGGCUUGUUGAUGCAACGCAAUAUUCAUUAACCAUGAAUGGACUAGAAAGGAAUGACCCAAUUGUGAAGGAGGCGCACAUCAAGGAGUUGCUGGAUGGAUUGGAUGAUGCUCAUGUUUAUGGCAAUGGCAAAGGAAAACGCAGAAAAUAUUAUCUAGCAUAUAUGUCAAUGAAGAUAGAAAUCAAGCCUGAUGAUGAGACUAUUGUGAUGACGAGGGAUGUGAAAGAGUUAUUGGGUGGUUUUGACGAUAUUAGUGUGGAAGAAGAAGUGUAUGAGGAGAUUGAAGAGCUAGGAAGCGUCGAAAGACGAGGCUGA